GCUGUGGAGUCCGGAAUGCUCGGUUCCUCGGCCCUGGACAGUUCGGCUCUAGCAUCAGGUCAGCAGCGCUCCCCAACGGAGAUGCCAGUGCCGACGGACGUGCCGUCACCGACCACGCCCUGCGAGGAUGAAGGUGAGACUGUAACGGCACCCCCGGUCGCCACAGCGAAGACCAGCAGCAUCGAGAAGACCCUGACACACUCCCGGCCUGCCACGUCAGUAGUCCAGUCUUCGCCAGUGGACGUGCCCGUGCCGACCGCCAGGCCGUCUCCAACCUCCAUGAAUGAGGGUGAAGAUGAGGAGGAGGAGGAGGCCAUCGUCGGGCCGCUGCCGGAUGCAGCGAUGAAGCCGCCAGGCCCCGGGGACCUGCAUGUUGAAUUUCAAGUUUCCGGACCCAGGUAUCCCAACCAGGUUCUCUCCUUAGCGGCCACCAAAUUUGAGGUGCCCGGAAGCUCCAGCCUCCGGGGGAAGUUCGAAAGCCAUUUCCUGUGCCCUGAUAUCUUCAGCUCAACACCAGACACGAAGAUUUGCAACGUCGUCCUGCAGAAUGAGUGCAGGUUCGUGUAUGAUGUUCGCUGGUCAGGGCCCCAAACGGCACAGGUGCCAGCGCCGAAGGAGUCUGCGCUGGCAGACAGUGCCUGGCAUAUGCCCGAGUCAGAGUCCGCGCCUGAACGAACACCGACGGAGCUGCCCGAGGACAUGCCCGUGCCGACGGACGUGCCUUCGCCAACCUCCUUGCGUUCCGAGGACGAGGCGGACACCAUCGUCGAGCAGGUCGGCACCUUGCCUACGCAGACAUUGGUGGCCCCUUCAUCCGAGGCGCGUGCUGGGGUCGCUGCACAUUCGGAGGAUGAGACUGCUGAGACGAAUGUUCCCGGCGUGCCACAGGCUUCGGCAGCGGCCGGAUCGAGUGUCUUCAUGUCGGAUUCUGGCCUAUUGCCCUCACCCACGGACAUGCCGGUUCCGACAGAGCUGCCCUCCCCCACGUCGGCAGCGCCAGCUGCGACUGGCGAGGAGCUCGUCACGACUGCCCCGCCUCCGACGGCCCCGACGGCGCUUGUGCAGGAAGCGCCACCAGAUGCAGAUUUCCCACCUCCGAUGCCGGAGUCUGCGAUACCGUCGUCGGUGGCGGGGUCGCCUUCUGAGAUGCCGGUACCCGUGCAAGAAACGGACGACGAGGCACCAGGGGGAAGGAGGAAGCGUGUCACGAGGUCCUCGCCCACCGAAGUGGCCGUGUUGGUGCCAACAGAGAGGCCAUCCCCAACAUCUCACGACAUCGCAUGGGAGGUGCCGGUGCAAGGCCUGGGGCACGAGUUCUCGUCGGCGGUGGGCAUGUCCUCCUCGGCCGCCACGCAGUCGCCCAGCGAGUUGCCGGUGCCCACAGAGCGACCGUCGCCGGCAGAGCCACCAGUGGGGCGCCCGACGCCCAAACUCCCCGCAGUUGCCGCUGUGGAGUCCGGAAUGCUCGGCUCCUCCGCCCUGGACAGUUCGGCUCUCGCAUCAGGUCAGCAGCACUCCCCGACGGAGAUGCCAGUGCCAACAGACGUGCCGUCACCGACCACGCCCGAGGAGGAUGAAGGCGAGACCGUAACUGCGCCCCCAGUCGCCACGGCGAAGACAAGCAGCAUCGAGAAGACCCUGACGCACUCCCGGCCCGCCACAUCAGUAGACCAGUCUUCGCCAGUAGACUUGCCCGUGCCGACCGCCAGGCCGUCUCCAACCUCCAUGAAUGAGGGUGAGGAUGAGGAGGAGGAUUACGGUAGACGUGCCAUUUAA